CGGAGAAUUUGCAUUUUGCAGAAGUGUCGCAAGAUUUGCAGCGACAUCGCAUGCGAAGGCAUUUGCGGUAUUUGUCUUUGACACUGUCACUACGCGAGAGUGCGUAGGAUCAUUCGCAGUUGUUUUGUGCACGAUUCUUUCGUGUUUGUAAUCAUUCGUCGUUAACGCUGACGCAGUGGAAAAGACUCUCCCGAACUCUGAUGAAUAUCUGCUUGAACCUGGAAGCAUAGGUGUCAAUAAGACAGAAUAAGUAACUUUAAUUUUCCUGUUACUUUUUGCACGGUCGGUGAUGCUGAGGCCAGCAGUUACCUUCUAGACGACAGCAAUGGCUCGGACUUCAUCCAUCGUCACCAGUGUUGGAAUCGUUUGUUUCGGAGAUGUUCCUCGAAAGCGAAGUCAUUCUAUGCCUUGCUUUGAUGUCACUCGUCUCUGGAAGCGACACUCUGCCUCCGACAUGCGAUAGCAACAUAUACUGCUAUGGAGAAUUGCUCCACACAGUGCAGAUGGCCUCAAUUUUCUCCGAUUCAAAAACAUUCGUGGAUAUGAAAUUGAAAUAUCCUCCAAAUGAGACGCUCCAACGUUUUGAUGAAAUGAUGAAUCGAACAAAGAAAAAUCCUACACGUUUUGAUAUUGAAGUUUUUCUAAAUGAUACAUUUGAACCAGCUGGCUCUGAAUUUGAGGAGUGGGAUCCAGAAGAUUGGGUUGAGCAUCCUGCAUUUCUUGACAGAAUCCAUGAUCCAGAUUUGCGUGACUGGGCUAGAAAAUUGAAUUUGUUGUGGAAGUUCUUGGGCAGAAAGAUAAGAACUGAUGUGAAAAAUAAUCCUGAUCAUUAUUCAAUUAUAUAUGUGCCAAAUCCUGUAAUUGUCCCUGGAGGGCGAUUCAGAGAGUUCUACUAUUGGGAUUCUUACUGGAUUGUAAGGGGCCUUUUGGUGUCACAGAUGUAUAAUACUGUUAAGGGCAUGUUACAUAAUUUAUUAUCAAUUGUUGACCUUUAUGGAUUUAUUCCAAAUGGUGGCAGAAAAUAUUAUGCUAUGCGCUCACAGCCUCCACUACUUAUUCCUAUGAUAAAAAGUUAUGUUGAUGAGACAAAGGAUAUUGACUUUGUCAAGGAACAUAUUGUCACCAUGGAGAAAGAGUUUCAACAUUGGAUGGUCAAUCACACCAUCAAAAUAGAAAGAGAUGGUGUUCAGUAUAAAUUGGCGAGAUACUUUGAUCUGUCCUCAGGACCUCGACCUGAGUCAUACAGAGAGGAUUACACAAGUGCCCAAAUAUUCAGAACAGCAGAAGAAAAGGAAGCAUUCUAUUCAGAGCUAAAAACUGCUGCUGAAUCAGGUUGGGAUUUUUCAACUAGAUGGUUUAUUUUGAAUGCAACAAAUAAGGGAAAUCUUACAAAUCUUAAAGUGAGGUACAUUAUUCCUGUAGACUUAAAUUCAAUAAUAUUUUGGAAUGCAAAGAUACUUUCUGAUUUUUUUAUGAAUGUUGUUAAUGACGCAGAAAAGUCUAGUAUGUAUGAAGAAAUUGCUGAACAGUGGAAGGAAGCAGUGACCAAAGUUUUAUGGCAUGAGGAAGUUGGUGCUUGGUUGGAUUACGACACAAUCAAUGAGAUCAAGAGAGAUUAUUUCUACCCUUCAAAUCUGGCACCAUUGUGGACAGGCUGCUACUAUCAAAGUGAUAUGACUAGUGAUCGUGUGGCAAAAAUUAUGAAAUACUUGGAGAAAUCGCAAAUUAUGACAAAUCAAGGUGGUAUACCUACGACAAUGGAGCACAGUGGUGAACAGUGGGACUAUCCAAAUGCUUGGCCCCCUCUUCAGUAUAUAAUGAUCAUGGGCCUGAACGCUACUGGGGAUGACUGGGCGAAAGCACUGGCACUAGAGUUGACAGAGAGGUGGGUACAUUCCAACUACAAAGCUUUUAAUUCAUCAGAAGCAAUGUUCGAAAAGUAUGAUGCAACUGUCCCUGGAGGUUAUGGAGGUGGUGGAGAGUAUGAGGUACAGCUUGGGUUUGGUUGGACAAAUGGCAUUAUACUGGAAUUUCUUGAUAAAUAUGGUGACAUACUGCAGCCCGAAGACCAGUUCAACAUACAGGCUGCUAGACUGGCGGGUGUAGGCAUCAUGUCAGCAGCAACAAAUCUUAUUUUAGUCUGUCUUUCAGUGGCAUUUCUGUUAAGUAUAUGAUUGUUCUUUUAGAUUAUUGAAAUUAUUAUGGCCAAAUGUGACAGUAAUGAAUUUUUUCUCCAAAUUCUGUACAAAGGAAUGUUAGAAGCAUCCAUAAAAAGCCUUGUAGGUUUUAAAAAUGUUGCUACUCUUCCCCUCAAAUGAGAAUGUUUAUGUGUCACUUGCGUAUAAGUGUUAAUUUAUUAUUUCUGAAGAUCGUGUGUUCAUCUGUCUUAAAUUAUGUGGAGACAUGUUAAUAUUGUUGGUUUAUGUUUUCGUUCGUCUGUUGUCAGCAGCUAAGAAAUGAGCUAUUUUGCCCUUCAACAAAGUAUUUGUUACAUGUCAAAGGUGAUGUUCACAAUUGCUAUUUGUUGAUUCGAUAAAUCAUAGGUGAUAUGAGUUUAAUUCCUCUUAUGUCCUAUGUCAAACCAUGUUAUUUAUGCCAUUGUUUAACUGGCUCAAAAUUUGUCACCUCUGCUGUUAAUACUGUGAUGUAGUCAUAAUUUUAAUGUAUCUUGAAAACUGCGGGUCUAAUGUGGCCUACAUACAAAUUCAGGGAAGUUAAAUUUUUGCUGAAAAAUUGAUGCUAAUAAUAAAUCUGAACAGCAUUUGUGGACUAAGUUAGUGUAUUUAUUGCGAUGCCUAUUGGUUUAAUGCAUUCUGAUAAAUAUCUAAGUUAUGUUCAUUUUGGAGGAAAUGAGGAGGUGGCAAAUUGUGAUCAGUAUUAUAUCCCAGUCAUAAGAUGCCCAAUUUUGCCCCAGACUUCUGGUAAAUAGUUUUUCCCAUACCAAACUUGGUUAUUCAAGUGAAAAGGCACAAAAUCGCAAUCUAAAAGCUUCUGUAUCAACCCAAAUAACGGCAUCCUUUUUCCAUGCAACCCACAUGAAGUGAAGCUAGACAAGGCCAUCUGUGAAGAUAAAUGAUAAAGACAGCCUCGCAGAGUUAGAAGUUGACAGAGUAAUACUUGCGGCUGCAGUGUUCUCAGAUUAUGGGAUGCUUGCUGCAUGUGGGAGUAAUAGUGGGAGGGGAGGCAAGGUUAUUAAUAGCACCAGCAUAAUGUCACUUGCUUUAGAUUCAUUGGUUAGUACUGUAGCGUGUGCUUUGUAAAGAAACAGUUUUUUUUUCCAUCCUCUCCUGACGAAGUGAAAUAAUAAUUACUUGCCAGUAUUUCAAUAGAUAUUUUUGUGUUAAGGAUUGUUUAUGUACUGUUGCCCUGACAUGAGAAAUGUACCCUUAUGUUCUGACUGUCUACAGUUUUAUUUAUUUUAUUGCCAGCUGGCAGGUAUUAUCUACUCUCAAAAGACAAGAUCCUUGUAUUUAGCCUCCCGGAGGUAUGUUUUACCCCUCAGCAAUCGUUGCCUUUGAAUAGCAGAGUUUUUAAGUAUUAAUACAGAAGUCGACUGUUUAUGCUGCCGUCAUUAUGCAAGAUUUCUUUUAUGAUGUGUUGUCCUUUCUUUUUAUUUAUUUCCCAUGUAAAUAUUUCACAGAUACAUUUCGAGAUGAUGCUCAAAUUAUAUAAUUAUUUAAGAAGAAAAAUUGGGGGUCAAGCUUGCUUGGUAUAGGUAUCAGUUUAUACUUACCUCUAUUCUUCACUCCACUUUUUAUACCAUUAGUUUUGCCUUGAACAAAAUUAAUACCUUAAAAUAUUAAUUAUCACAGAGUUGUUCCAUAUUAGUAUAGGUCUGAAACUGAAAACAGUUGUAUGUAACAUUAUUUUUAUUAAAAAUUUGUGGCAUUAAUUCCUUGUAUGCAUCUGAAUUUCAUGUAUGUGAAAUUAAUAUGGAUACUUCCUUUAUUUAUUUAUUUUUAAUUAAAAAUAUGGAUGUUAUUUUGAACACCACAUACAGUCAGUUUUAUAAUUUCUUUGUUUGUGUAACUGAAGUUUGAUACAGCGGUAUAGAACACCUUUAGUUCUAAAUAUUUGCAGUCCAUAUAUAAAUGAUCAAAAACAUUACACAAGUGUAUUACAAGUGAGAAAUAAUGUGAGAUACAAAUUUUACAUUCAAUAAAUGUAUAUUUUUGUGCAGUAUUAAAGUGAAAGUUAUAAAAAUUAUACAUGUUGAAUAAUCAUUAUGUAAUUUAAGUUGAUAAUGAUGCUGGGUAGAAUGACAGUCAUUCAAAGUAUCCUGUCUAUUGAAAUUUACUGUUUAAUGUGCUACCAUGAGGAGCAGAAAUGAACUCUACAAACUGCUGUAAUCAUCUAAAGAUCAUGUUCCAAAAUGUUAGCUUUUUUAUUUUUUUAUUAGUCACUUGAGUCCCCAUCACAGCGUUUCUCGUAAGGAGAGUCAGCGCUCAUAUGUACUGCAGUUUGUACUGUUAAAACCUAAAUAUUCCGUUGUACUGUGUGCCUUAAUCUCAACUUCAAAUGGAAUGUAUGUAAUAAGCAAUUUGUGGUAGUAACAAGCUAGUGUGUGGAUGAUGGUUAUUGCUCUCAUGUGGUGUUGCUUUUCUUUGAGUUUCUGACUGAACUUCUAUCUUCUAAAAAUGACAGGAGAAAUUCUGGUUCCUACUUAAAGCUAAUUUGUACAUACUUAAACUUUAAAAGUAUUGAAAUAUGUUCUUACCAGAUUAAUUUUGCCUGUUGAACUAAGUACACAGGUGUCAAGUUUAUUUCUUGUUUCAUCAAAAACUAUGUUAACUGCCUGUUGUGCUGCGUGAAUUCUUUUUUAGAAUAGUAACCAGUCCCCCAUUUUAGUGCUUUGCCCCCAUGAAUAUCAAGCUUAUAAGCGAGGGAAAAAAAUUGUGCCUGCUUGAAACACUGAAUAGAUGAACACCAAUAAUGUGACUCCAUGACCCAGUGUUGUAGGUAACAUUCUCUCUAAUUUUAAGUUUUUUUUUUUUAGUAUCUUCCUCUUGCUCUCGGGCCAAAAGAAUACUUGGUUCUAAAAACUUGAAAUUUUCUCAACUUUCAGUAUUUGAUAUUACCCUUCAAACAAGUAAGUUGAAGUUUCAGUUUAUUACCUACGGUUGGAUGCUGUUACGGAAAGUUCAACUAAAAACAAAAUGUUUACUGAGCUAUUUCCUCAUAAGCUCAGUGGCUACUACCAAUAGAAUACUGAGUGCACAUAAAAGCUCAAAAUGUGGUAAUAUCACCAGUUUAUGAACAGCAUGCAAGGUUUUAAAUUUCAAAAAAGACUUCUCUGUAGUAAUAUGUAGCCAUGAUAUUUUGUUUGUGAAGAAUUAUUUACAGAAUUUAUUCCAAUGAAAUAGUCAUUCUGAAUGAAAUUUUACAGUUGACAAUGAAAUGUGUUGUUGGAUUGUCCAAGGGUAGUAGAGAGAAGCAGACUUGGAUUGUAUUUUGAAGUGAAUAUUAAAUAUUAGUCUCUUACUUUCACUGCAAUUUGCUGCUUCUUGAAUUCACAGGGUUUUACUUGGAGCUGUAGAGUCCAACUAUCUCUCUGCUAUUGUGAGUAAUCUGUUCUGUCACAUUAUUUUCCUAGAGACUGCUAGUUCUAAACUGAUAGAACAACAACAUCUGUUGAGUUAGUAAUGGGAGAUGGGAGAUUUUGGGCUGACUACAAAGUUCAGUUCUGCAGUGUGGUGGAUUGUAUGAAAAUUCCACUGUGCUUGAGACAAUGCUCAGAAUUAAGUGCUGCUCUCUGUUGUCAUCCCAACAACCAGUAGCUCAUACACCAUUUCAUUGGAGAUUGCCUUGUCUUCUCUUUGGCAUUAGUGUAUCUCAGUUUCAUUGUAGUCUUGAUCUUACAAGGAAGUACGUAAAUCCCUAUAGGGUUUGAGGUAGCUCUUUUCACUACUUAGGCACUCUUUAUGUGGAAUGAAUAUGAAUUCUUCCACAGAGAGUAAAUUGCUGCUUUUUAGAGGCCAUACUCCUAAACCUUUCUUGCAGCACCUGUGAUUUUUCCAAGUAAAGUCUGUUUUAUUAUCAAAUCAUUUCUGAAAAUCACUGCGUUCUUCUGUGUAUAGUCUCUGUGUACCAUUCUGAGUUGUCCUGCACAAAUGUGUCAAGCAGAAAAUAUGGCAUUGCUUCAAAAUAGCUCCAGAAUGUCACUUACAUUCAUGGUCCCCUUAAAAUUAUUUUGUAGCAACAAAAGUUUCUGCUGGUGUUGGUGGUCAUUCUGUAUCUUCAUCUAAUGAGUCAAUAUUUGACUGUAUAUAAACCAGUUGUAAGUCUGUGUAUGAUCUCAAGUGUAAUUACCAACUGUUUGCUUCAACAUUUUAAGUGUCUUUGUUACAAGUCUGUGAAGCCUGGAACUUAAUCAGACCUGCUGUCCUCUCACAGGACAUCACACAUUUUUUGUGCAAAAAACACAGAUUUGAAAAUAUAUCUAAAAAUUAUGAUCACAUAAGCUAAAAAGUUAAUUAAAUCAUUCCUCAUGGGCUGUGUUAAGUGUUUGUCAGUGGCUACUUGUCGUGCAGGCAUUGUGUGUAUAAUGCAGAUGUCAAGGCUUUAUGGAUGGUGCCUUAUGAGUUAAGUGUGCAGUUGUUUCACAUGAUGUGGUGCAACUGGAUAUGGUUACAGAUCAGGUGCAGUCUGCCUUUAACAUAAUUUGUUCCAAGUACUUCAUUCAGACUUACAAGUUCUUGCCUGUAGCAUAUUGGAUAGGUUGCUGAUAGCCACAUAUAUUUGGCUAUCUUAAUUUUUGCUCCCAAAUGGUAAAAUUUAAUAACACUGUUAAUUUGCACAUUGGCUGGACAGGGUACUGACUCCAGGUUUUACGUUCUUAUGGGCUGGACUCUGUUGUAUGACUGGUUACUGUGGCUAAAGAGAAGAGGCAUUCAAGAAACAGCUUGCCACCCCUUGUAACUUUGUAUGCAGAAUUCUAGGUUUAAUGUACGCAUGAAAGAAUUAAUGCAGAGCUAAGUAGCCCAAAUUGACAUACUUGCUGCCACUAAAAAUUCACGAUUCCUUGAAGGAAAACAAUUUUUUGUUUAUACUACAGAUUGUUACAGUUGAUUAAAUGUAAGGAGUUUCUCUGUGUGUGUUUGUAUUAUGAAAAUUUUGAUAGUUGAGCAGUAUGAGCAAUCAGUGAUAAAGAAAAUAAGAAAUAUCUGUGAUAUUUUUAUUGAUGUACACAAAGUAAGCAUUUCUUAAACGUAACAUUCAAUUAGCGCACAGAGCAGUAUUCUGCCAAAUGAAACUUGACUGCAUGCUGUGCUUUGGAGAUUGGUUCUUGAUUCUCACCCCCCCCCCCCCCCCCCCCCCCCCUCCACCAACACACAUACAAAAGAAUUCAUGCAGCAGAAGAAUUGAUAGUAAUUUUGGCUGUGAACUUGAUUUAGAUGGUUCCUUUCCUACUAUUUCAGUAGUAGUAUUAUUAUAAAUUAUGUUCACUGACAGAUAUUUUUUCUGUUUUCACCGACUAUUUUAAACUUGCAUUUGUUUAUAUGUGUAUUUUCUUUUAUCUUUUGACUGUAUAGUGUGCAAUAAACACUCUAAAAUGUUUCAAUA